AUGAGUUUUUUAUCGAAACUAUCGAAAUUGAAGAGAGACACUAGCGAGAAUAAUGGUAAACCAUCACAUAUAGCACAUACCCAGAAGAAUAAGAAUAGUCAUAUUGAAGAUGAAACGUCAUCUUUAUUACCUAAGAAUUAUAUACGUGAUGAGGAUCCAGCGGUUCGUCGACUUAAAGAGAUCCGUAAUAAAGAGCGGUUAAAGAAUCAAUCUAGUGAGAAACCAAAGCGUACACCUUCAAAACCUCGUACUGUUACGAAACGUAAAUCCAAAAAUGAUAUGGAACAAGAUAUAGGAACAGUUUAUAAACGUCGACUUGGUAGUAACAAUCGCAAUAACAACAACAACAAUAUGAUAACAAAGAGACGAGAACCUAUUAAGAAGAUGAGUUUUGACGAAUUAAUGAAGCAAGCAGAUUCACAAACGAGACCGAGUCCAAGUCCAAGAUCUAUUGCUAGUAAUACCAAUAAAUCUAUACAUUUAAACAAACCUGGGUUUAAGAAACGGAAUCCCAUACGAGAAAGAAAGGUUGUUUCUUCAUUGAAGAAGAAAGAUAGCAAUAUGACCACGCAAGAACAACCUCAAAUGGUGCAUCUAAACACAAGGAUGAGUACAAGUAUAGCACGACCUCAUGCGCGAUUCGAAGCCAAACUGAAUAAAAGACGUAAUAGAUAUGAGGAGGACGAAGACGAAUAUGAUGAGGAUUUAGACGAUUUCAUAGAAGAUGACGAAGAAGAGGAAGAAUCUGCACAAUUAAGAGAUCGUGGAUACGAUCGUAACGAGAUAUGGGCAAUGUUCAAUAGACGUGGUCACAGUAAUCAUCCACGUCCAGACGAAGAAUGGGAAUCUGACGACAUGGAGACUAAUGAAAUAGAUAUAAUGGCGGAGGAAGAGGAAGCCAGUAAAGCAGCGAGAUUAGAGGAUAAAAGAGAGCAGAAUUGGUUACGUAAACACGAUGAAGCUAAAGCUCGAGUGAAAGCCCGAAACCAUUCCAAGGGUUAG